AUGACAUGCAUUGGAACUGAUGUGUUAGAUGUUAUUGAUGGCAUGAGUUUUGAUAAUGAAGAUGAUAGACAGAAAGAAGAAGUUGUGCUUGAGAAACUAAAGACUUUCUGUAUUGGAGAAACAAAUGAAACCUAUGAGCGAUACAACUUUAAUACAAGGGAUCAAGAUAGCAGUGAAGGUAUUGAUGCAUAUGUGACUGUAUUAAGGACCUUAGCAAAGACAUGCAACUAUGGAACGCUAGAAGACUCACUGAUCCGAGAUAGAAUCGUCAUGGGAAUAAGGGACAACAAUACAAGAAAGAGACUUCUUCAAGACUCAAAACUUACACUGAAAAGUGCAGUUGACAUUUGUCGAGCUUAUGAAACAGCAGCUCUGCAAUUAAAGAACAUUGGUGCAGCUUCAGAAGAAGUAAAAUCAGUCAAGUCAAAGAAAAAAGGACUGGUUCAGAAGAAAACAGCUAAACCAGAAAGAAGAGAAUCUGACAAAGUGAAAGAAAAAGACUUGUGGGAAUGUAGAUACUGUGGUCAAAAACAUAUAUUCGGUCGAGAAAGGUGCCCAGCAUAUGGACACACCUGUUCCAAAUGCAAGAAAAAAAAUCACUUUGCAGACAAAUGUCCUAAAGGAAAGAAAAAGAAAGGACAAGUACAAGUGGUAGAUGAAUAUGAUACAGAUGAACAUGAUGAAGAUGCUGAAUACAUCAUGGCAAUGCACACUUCAGUUGAAGACAGUGUUAAAGAAGAGAUGUAUCAAAACAAACUGUUUGCUAAAAUGACUUUGAAGAAAACAGAGGUGAAAUUUCAACUUGAUUGCGGCGCAACUGUCAAUCUAUUACCAGAAACUCUCUACUCUGAAAUCUAUGAUGAUCCGACGUUAGACAAUCUACAGGAGGCAUCAACAACUUUGAUCAUGUAUAAUGGAGCAGAAACAUCGCCAUUGGGCAAGAGAAGAGUCAUGGUCGUCAAUCCAAGGAACAACAAGAAGUACAGUAUUGAAUUCCUCAUAACAAAAGGUAAUUACAAGCCUCUUCUUGGAUCAAGAGUCAUCCAACAUAUGGGAUUGAUCACUGUCAAUAGAGACAAUAUCAUGUCAGUUGCAGCAGAAGAUCAAGUUAAUGUUGUAAAUAAAGAAGACUCACCUGUGACUUUGAAGGAUGUUACAUCAAAGUAUCCAGAACUGUUUGAAGGCGAUGGUAAGCUUGAGGGAGAGUUGCAUCUGGAGAUUGAUGAAUCUGCUACACCAGUUCAAAUUCCAUGUAGAAAAGUACCUGUAGCAAUGAAACCAAAACUAAAAGAUGAACUAGAGAGACUAGUUAAGAUGAACAUAAUAACUCCGGUUACAGACCCCACAGACUGGAUAUCGGCGAUGGUAGUUGUGGUCAAGCCAAGUGGGAAGAUCCGUCUCUGUAUUGAUCCUAAACCACUAAAUGAAGCCCUGAAAAGAAGUCACUAUUUAAUGCCGACCAUAGAUGAUAUCUUACCUGAAUUAGCAAAUGCGAAAUACUUCACACUAGCAGAUGCUAAAAAUGGAUUUUGGCACAUCGUAUUGGACAAAGAGAGUAGCUUACUCACAACAUUCGAAACGCCUUGGGGAAGAUUUAGAUGGCUUCGUAUGCCUUUUGGUAUCUCUCCUGCCCCUGAAGAGUUCCAAAGGAGGAUGGAUGAAGCUCUUAUAGGACUCCCAGGUGUGAAAGCAAUUCAUGACGAUGUCCUCAUAUAUGGAUGUGGCAACAGUGAUGAGGAGGCAGAAGCUGACCAUGAUCGAAAUCUCAGAGCUUUUCUGGAACGCUGCAAACAAAAAAAUAUCAAGUUGAAUAAAGAAAAGUUCAAGUUGAAGUUACCAGAAGUUCCCUACCUUGGACAUGUGUUGACUAAAUCUGGUCUGAAAAUUGAUCCGAACAAAGUGAAAGCGAUCACGCACAUGCCAGCUCCUGUUGACAAACAAGGGGUACAAAGACUGCUAGGAAUGGUAAACUUCGUCCAAAAGUUCGCACCAAAUAUUUCAGCGAUCACUGCACCACUGAGAUCACUUAUUAUGGAUAAGACAAACUUCAAAUGGGAUCCAAAUGUUCAUGGCAGAAGUUUUGAAGAGAUCAAGAAUGUUCUCUCUGAACCGCCAGUGUUGAAAUAUUUUGAUGACUCAAAAGAGACUUACCUGCAAUGUGAUGCAUCUCAAAAUGGAUUGGGAGCCUGCCUAAUGCAAGAAGGACACCCAAUAGCCUAUGCGUCUCGUGCAUUAACACCAUCAGAAAAGAACUAUGCACAAAUCGAAAAGGAGAUGCUUGGGAUUGUGUUUGGGUUGGAGAGAUUUGAGAUGUAUACCUAUGGUAGGAAGAUCUAUGUAGAAACAGAUCACAAACCUCUUGAGUCCAUCAUGCUCAAAAGUCUGCUAAGCGCACCUAAACGCUUACAGAGAAUGCUUCUACGGAUCCAGAAGUUUGACCUGAAAGUGAACUACAAGAAAGGAUCUCAAAUGUAUGUAGCAGACACCUUGAGUCGUGCAUACUUACCUCAAUCCAAAUCCAAAGAAUCCAGUGACUCAAGUGACAUCUUCAAUGUUGAUCACAGAUCCUCUACUGAGCUGGAAACUGAAACAAUUCAAAUGAAGGAUUAUGUUAAUGUCUCAGACAAAACCUUGUCACAGAUACAGUCCGCAACUCGGUCAGAUGUUAACAUGCAAAAUCUGAAGAAGAUAAUUCUGCAGGGAUGGCCUGAAAACAAACUGAACUUACCUGUUGCAGUAAGAGAUUAUUUCACAUUCCGGGAGGAAUUAUCAGAGCAAGACGACGUCAUCUUCAAGGGUGAACGUAUACUGAUUCCAAAUAACUUGCGACCUGAAAUAAUGGAAAGGAUACACGCAAGUCACAUUGGUAUCCAAGGAUGUAUCAGGAGGGCUCGUGAACUAGUCUACUGGCCAAACAUGGUAAAAGACUUGACUGAUUAUAUCAGUAAAUGUGAGAUAUGCAACAGUGUACAACAAGAGCAAGGGAGAGAACCGCUCAUGAGUCAUGCAAUUCCAUCUCGCCCAUGGGAGAAGAUAGCAUGUGACCUGUUCGAAUUUGAAAAUCAUGAUUACCUACUUACAGUCGACUACUUCACUGACUAUUUUGAAGUUGAUCGUCUUCAAGGUAAAGAUUCCAAAGAAGUGAUAGGCAAACUGAAGUAUCAACUAGCUCGUCAUGGAAUACCGGACCAGCUCAUGUCGGACAACGGACCACCUUUCAAUUCCGAAUCAUUUGCUGUGUUUGCUGAAAACUACAAAUUUGAGCAUGUCACAUCAUCACCAAGGCAUCCUCAGUCAAAUGGUAAAGUUGAAAAUGCUGUAAAAACAGUAAAGAGACUCAUGACAAAAUCCAAGCUUGCUGAAACUGACCCAUUUCUAUCUCUACUAGAUUGGAGAAAUGUGCCUACCGAAGGCAUGAAAGUGUAA